CCCCUCAUCCAAGAGUAUUCCAACAUUAACUCAUAUUUUGCUUGCAAGGAGAGAUAGAUAGCUCGCUACGCAAUUGCGUUCACACUUCUAAGUAAACAUUACUACCUCGCCUCGGGCGAAUCGAGGCUCCGCUAUACACUAUGAGUGUUAAAAUUAUGUCACUCGGUGGUUUGUUUUGAAUGUCAAAGCCUGAAGCUAGCUAUACGUCUGAAUAUUGUUGAUAGCUGCUUGGCUAAGGGGGCUAGCUAGCUAGGCUAACGAAAUUCAACCCAGAUGCAUCAGAAUGCUGGAAGUAGCGGCGAAACGGUGGUUUGAAACCGAACGUUUUAUUAAAUCGGACUCUUAAGUGAGUCGCGUAGCUGUUGGAUAGUGUGUGUUGUGACGAUUUGGGGAAAUAUGCACGCAGAGCUCUUUGAAAACACCAGCUAGCAUGUAGCAAGCCGCUUGCAGUGUCUCCAUUCAUAUCCUGCGCACUGGCUCUGCUCAGACCGAGUAAUGGCUACGAUCCGCUGCCUUUUUAGAGCGGCAACUGGGAACACGGUCCCCCUCCUUCACAACCGCGGGCACACACGGUUCAUCUUGCGUGUUAAUUUUGUUUUUUUUUUUGGGUGUCUUGUUGUGUUUGUUUCCGCUGGAAGUUCUGUGCACAGUUGUCGAGACUGGUGGUGAAUUUCUGCGAGAGCAAGAAGUGGAAACCUUUUUUACAGGCUGCGUGAAAACCGCGCGUUUUCGAUUUGUUGUCUUUUUGCCGUCCGCUGUUUUCUUCUCGACGUACCUGCUGUUUUGAUCUUUGCCGAUUCAUGACAGAGGGUUUUCUUGUUUGUUGAGUGAAGGUGAAGAUGCGUUUAUGUGUUAAAAUUUGUCAUGGAUGAUGAAGACGGCAGGUGCCUUCUAGAUGUAAUUUGUGACCCAGAAGCUCUCAAUGACUUUCUUCAUGGAUCUGAGACCCAUUUGGACACUGACGACCUUUUGGAUGGUUCGAGUGACCCCUCCAGCUCGUUCUUCUCUACCACUGGGGGCCAUGUUCCGGAGGUCCAGCCUGCAGUCCAGCUGUCGGCCAAUGAGCCGACAGGCCUGCCUAGAGUCAGUGUCGACCUGGACUUCCUGGAGGAUGAAGACAUCUUGGGAGGAUCCCCAGGUGGAGAAGGUGGGAGCAAUGGCAUUGGGACAAAUCACGAACCAUGUGACAUCCUGCAGCAGAGCUUGGCUGAAGCCAACAUCACAGAACAAAGCCUUCAGGAGGCAGAGGCUGAGCUGGACCUGGGCUCCUUUGGAAUUCCAGGUCUUACGCAGGUGGUUCAGACGCUGCCUGAUGCCACCCUUCCUGGGUCUGGAGGCGCUGCUGUUGGUGUAGGCAUAGGUGUUGGUGUUGGGGGAGCAGCAGCAAUUUUCCCAGGGUCUGCCCCCAGCAACACAUCUACUCCCCCCAGUGCUACAGCUGAUAUGCUGGGGUCAGUGCUUGCCCAGCAGGGCCUCCAACUCCAACCCCAGGUCAUGAACAAGGCCAUUAGUGUUCAGCCAUUUAUGCAGCCCAUGGGCCUAGGAAAUGUGACGCUUCAACCCAUUUCAAGUCUCCAAGCUCUUCCUAAUGGGAGCCAGUCUGGACAUUUGGGUAUUGGACAGAUUCAGGUUGUGGGCCAGCCUACAGUCAUGACUAUCAAUCAGUCUGGGCAGCCAAUCCUGGCAAAAGCCAUGGGUGGUUACCAGCUGCAUCAGUCUGGGCCAGAGGUAUCAGGUGCUGGUUCUCAGGCGGGGCUCGGAGGCUCAGGGGGUGGACUUCUGAUCCAAAGCAACAAAGGCGCUUUGGGAUCUCCAGCUUUAAAUGGACCGGCUGUUUGUGUCAGCAGCACAAACAGCAGCAGUGGUGUUACAAUGACUGCUUCUACUGGGCUUGUGGGCUUUGGCAGUACUUCUCUAAGUUCAGGAAUUGGACCCCAGACACAAACACAAGGCCAAAUCAUGCAGAACGUGAUCAUCCAACGCACACCAACACCCAUUCAGCCUAAACCCCCUCAGGGGGGAGCCAUCCAACCGAAACUCUUCAAACAGCAGCAACAGCAGCAGCAGUCCCAGCCAGCACCCCAAACCCUGCAAAACGAUGCCCACAAGGCUCUAGGGCUGCAACAAAUUCCGGUUUCUACUGCUCAGAAUGUAGCCUUCUUGACAGGAAAGCCAGGCUCUAACGUUGUCCUGAGUACUCAAGCCACAACACAAGGCCCUCAGUUUCAACAAACCCUAUUCAAACAACAAGCAGCACAACCAUCUGGCAAGCCCCUCAGUGUACACUUGUUAAACCAACAAGGCAGCAUCGUUAUUCCCUCUCAGACAGUUCUGCAAGGUCAGAAUCACCAGUUUCUCCUGCCACAACUUCAAGCAGGUGGGCAGAUCCUGACCCAGCACCCUGGGGGCCACAUCAUAACUAGUCAGGGUCCUGGUGGACAGCUCAUUGCUAACCAGAUUUUAACUACAAACCAGAACAUCAACUUGGGUCAGGUGCUGACUUCACAAGGUCACCCUGGGGCACACAUCCUCUCUGGACCCAUUCAGCUCCAGCCUGGCCAGAUGGGCACACCCACCCUUUUUCAGAUGCCUGUCUCACUGGCCCAGAGUCAAAGCCAGACACAGACUCAUUCUGUCUCAGGUCAUGCCCAGACAGUCAUACAGGGCAUGCCAAUCCAGAACUCCCUGACCAUGCUUAGUCAAGUGGAGGGGCUGAGCCCCGCCGUCAGCCUCCAGCCAGCUCUUCAACCCCAGCCAGGUGGCGUCCCCAGCAGCAACAGCACAGGAGCAGCAACCAUGGCUCAAGGCCAGCCUGGAGAGUGUGUUACUGUGCUGGGCAGCUCCACAGACCAGGCUGCUCAUCCUACUCAGCAGCAUGUACCACAGUCCUCUAUCCUGGCCAUGCAACCGGCUUUGUCUGUGUCCACGACUGCCACAGUACCCACCUCUUCUCCGUCCAUGUCCGUGUCCACCUCUUCCUCUGUCACAGCAGUGGGGCUGGUCCCCCCUCAGGCUCAGCACAGUCCAGGGAGGUUACUCUUUACCAACCAGGGCUCCAGUAUGAUCCUGAGCCAGGAGUCUCUGCAGAUGUUCCUGCAACAGGAGCAGCGCCACCAAACAGAGAAUGAGUCAACCCCCUCUGUGGGCGUACCGGCGUCUGUAAUCGUCAGCAGCAACAGCAUCACUGCUCCGGCCCCCGCUGUCCAUGACAGCCAAUUAACUGACUCAUGGGUGGGUCAGAGCCACAGCCCUUCCCCUGGCCCCUCCCACAUGACAGCAGUGGUGAAGCAGGUACCCUCCAGUGGACACAAACAGACCCUGAAGAUCCAGGGCAUGUCCCCCUCACCGACCUUGACCACUCACCCGGCAGCGCCCCCAGUGGCGGUCAGCCCUCAGCCUUCCCACUCCCCUCUCACUCUGAGCCAGCAGAUCCAGUCGCCACACCAACAGCAACAGUCUCAUCCUCCCUCUCAGCCUCAGCCACAGUCUCAGACUCCCUCCCGCUCAUGCACACCCUCAUCUCAUCCUCCGCUUUUUAUUGUCCAUAACCAAAUAGCAGAGUCCCCCCAGCCGGCUCCACAGGGCCAGACGCAGCCCCAGCAGACACACAUUCAAGUUCAGCUUCAGCCUCAGCCUCGACCGGCCUCUCAGCCGGCCCCUUAUCAGCAAGACAUGCCUCCUAUGUCACAGUCACCCAAGCCUCCUCCUGCACCACCUGCACAGCACCAGUUUACGUCUCCUCCUGUGAGCACAUCUGCCGCUGCUGUCGUCAAAGCCCAGGUUCCCAUCCAGGGCCUGACAGCGGAGCAGCAGCACCACCUGCAAUUAGUAGGAGCGCAAAUUCAGACGCUGUCAGGCAUCGCUCAGCCCUCACCUCAGCAGAAACAGCUGCUGGAUAAACUGCACCAGGUCCAGCAGAACAUCCUGCUGCAGGCCAAGCAGUCCGCUCAGCCUCAGCCUCAGCCUCAGCCUCAACCUCAACCUCAGCCGCAAGCAACCAGUCAGUUCAGCUCGCAGCAAGAUGUGCCUGUUGAUAAAGUGGUUCUUGCGUCAUCGGUCAGCAGUGGCACACCUGCUCAGCUUCCCUCAGUGCUGCAGCCGACGUCAGUGCUCGUCAAAACUCCGGCUACAGCAUCAAGUGACUUACAGGUAUUCUCAGGAGCCCAAGGGCCAGCUGGAGCAAUGGUGAAUCAGACUGUCACUCCUGCCAGCCUUACCCAGCCUGCACAGGUUCAGCCAAAGCCAGGGGUGAUCAGCUCAGUUGGAGGGAUGACUCUGGGGAAAGGUGGGAUGCAGAUACAGGUAUUGGCUCAAAUGCCUGCUCCUCAGCCUCCAGCUCCAGUACAAACUCAGACAACAAUGAAGAUGCCUUUCAGUGCAGAGCCCAGCAAAGAAGCCAGUAUGCUGGAACAGCUGAGGAAACAGCAGGGUUCAGUGCUUCACCCAAACUACAGUGCUCCUUUCCACUCAUUUGAGGACACACUGCACAGACUGCUGCCUUACCAUCUCUACCAGGGAACUGCCAACUCUUCUCAAGACUAUCAGAGAGUGGAUGAUGAAUUUGAGAAGGUGUCCUGCCAUCUGCUUAAAAGAACCCAGGCCAUGCUGGAUAAAUAUCGCCACCUGCUCUUCACAGAGUCAAAACAGAGACUGGGCCCCUCGGCAGAGAUGGUGAUGAUCGACCGGAUGUUCAUUCAGGAGGAGAAGGUCGCACUGAGUCAGGACAGGAUUUUGGCCAAGGAGAGACCAGAGGAGUUUGUGGCAAACGUGCGCUUGUUGGAGAGUGUAGUUUCAUCCCAAGAGAAAUCAUCUUCUGCUGAGCAGACCCCGGUGAGUGGAGGUGUAGCUGUUGCUGUCCCUGCUCCUGCACCUGCAGCUCCUGCCCCAGCACCUCUUCCAAACGUCACCCCAAACCCUCCUCCAGGACCUACUCCAGCUCCGGUUCCGGCUCCAGCUCCAGUUCCAGUUCAAGCUCCAGCUCCAGCUCCCGCUCCAGCUCCAGCUCCUGCACCUUCUACCACCCCUUCCACCACCCCUUUUCCUCCUACCAAACUAGUAAUAAAACAGGGUGGAGGUGGAGCCUCUGUGUCUUGGUCCAGCAGCUGUCCCCCUCCACCUCCAUCUGGAGCAAGCAGGGUGGUGCCCGAACCCACCAGCCAGAGCACCUCCUUCAGUCGCGCUCCUGCAGCAUCCUCCUCUUUCUCCUCUUCGUCCUCGCAAGCUGCUGACGAUGACGACGCUCUCCCACAGAGAACCAGCAAACCGCCUAUGAAGACUUACGAGGCUCGCAGGAGAAUUGGCCUGAAGCUGAAGAUCAAGCAAGAUCAAACGGGGUUCAGUAAGGUAGUCCACAACACUGCCUUAGAUCCAGUGCACACACCUCAACUUCAGCAGAGCAGCCAGUCCAUAUCGCAGCCUCAGACGCAGCCUCAGUUUGAAGCUGCUGUAACGCACCCAAAGUCCCACCCUUCAUCAACUCCUCCUACUACAGUCAUCAGAACUCAGUCCCCCGUAUGUACUGUUUCCUCUGCCUCAUCGGUCACCACGGCAACCACUCGGUGUAAUCCACCACUGAGAGGUAAUGUUCCCCCCAAUGCAGCUCCAUCUUCCUCUACCUCUUCUUCUCAUAGUUGGUCAUCAUCCACCUCCUCCUCCUCCUCCUCAACUCAAAUGAAUGGGACAUUAGAUCACCAUGAUGUAGGUGGCGUCAAACACAAUUCUGCCUCCACUGCCACCCCCUCACAGACAACCUGCCGUCUCCCCCUUCGAAAAACCUACCGGGAAAACAUUAGUCCCCGGGUCAGACCUGGUGUCCCAGGGGGAGGAGACGAAAGUUUGUCCUACCCCAGACCUACACCCUCACCCCCCAGGCACGAGGCCUCAUCUCCUCCCUCAGAGCGGACUGUGAUAGCCAGCGUGAAGGUGGAGAAAAGAGGCAGGGAGGCCUCGCACGCUCACACAGAGUCGAGCCACGAAAGUGGCCGUUUAGUGAGUGCAAUGCAGGGGCUGGACGACAUGGACGAGGUGUUCAACCGUGGUAUCAAAACCACACAACACCAUCAUCUCCCGCAGCUCCUCGACAGGGAAGGGGCGAAGGAGAGAGGGGAAGAGCACACAGACCAAGAGACAGAUGUAAGUAAAUACAAGCGGGCAAGUGGGAAAAAUAGACAUAGGGCAGGUGGAACAUUCAGAAUGGACCAGCAUGCCCCUGGGCCUCCCUCUCCAGAGUCCUCCUUUACACGAGACUCUUUGCUUCCUGCCAAACGCUGUAAGUCAGACUCCCCCGACAUGGAUAACGCCAGCUUCUCAAGCGGCAGCCCUCCGGACGACUCUCUGAAUGAGCACCUGCAGUGCGCCAUCGACAGCAUCCUGAACCUGCAGCAGGAGCCUUCUGCCCGCGGGCACCACAUUAAAGGGGGCAACAGCAGGUCCCACCAACACCAAAGCCAGCGCCCAGGGGGCUCGGCAGCCUCAUCCCACAGACCCUCAGUCCCACCUUCCUCCUCUGCUUCCUCGUCCUCCUCCUUGGCCCAGCACCCUCAGGUUGGUGGCCGCGGCCACAAUGGCAGCCUGGUUCCCCAGACUCAAAGCAGAUAACAGCCCCUCAGCCCCAGGCCGAACUGAUAAGGGGGGGGACUAAGAGACAGAUUUGGAGGCAGGGGAAGGGGGGGCACUGUGAAAACAUCAGUACAUCACUGUACUACUCUGCCAAGCUGUGUUGGCUUUGUUUGUCCAUUUGAAUUGUCCAGACAUUUCUUUGUCAUGUACCGCCUGAUGUAGACCCUGAAACUGUGGUCAAAGGUAAAAUGUGUCUUUGAGAAGUGCAGACUUGAAGGUUCCUGGCAUUUUUUUUCAUGCCAGCCAAGCUCGAGAAACACGAUAGAACUGUCAGAGGUUGUUGUUCUCGAUUUCUUUCUCUCUCUCUCUUUUUUUUUUUCACUUUUGAUCUUUUCUCUUUCUCAUUUGGUGUUCAUACAUUCCUUCAGUGUGGCCUGAGCAUCAGUCUCAGUCCACAGCAGUUUAAACGGUGUCCCUGUGAGCAUCAGGCAGCUCAAUUAAACAGUUCAAGUCAGCAACUUUUAGUCAGCUUGGUUGCCUGAAUCUGAGAGCAGAAGAGAAUACAACCAGGGUCAUACUGUAAGACAUUAUGAAAUACAUACUUGGUCUUCCUCUACCAACCAAAUUUGAUUCUCUUUGUCACGAAGGAAAUGCUGCCCGACAUGUUAAAACAACAGUCCUCCUUUUCUUAUCAUGAGUUAAUUUCUUUAGAUAUCAAAUAAACCUGAAGGCUCAGUUUCCCUGCUCACGAUACGACUGCUGCUUACACUUCAUAUCAUGCAUUUUCAAGUAAAUUAUGUUCAGAAAAUGAGUUAGAACAAUAUUGUUGUUUUUUCCUUUCGACUGCUCUUGCGUACUGUCAAGAUGUAAAUGAAAUAUUUAAGGAAAUUCAGUUUUCUUUCUUUUUUUUUUUCCCUGCUUCUGAUGUCAGAUGAUUCUCCAGGUUCUUGUUUGUAGAGCACACACACACACACACACACACACACACACACACACACACACACCUGCCCUUCUGUUGCUUAUGAUGCUAUGUUAGGACUUUAUGCAUUUCAGUCAGCAGGGGGCAGGCCAGUUUUAACUGUUGAUUUUCUGUGUUCUCCGUCUGUUUGCGUCAUCUUUCUGCCUCCCAUGUGUGUUUUCUUUGUGUUUUUUUUUUUUUUUAAAGCCUGGUGGACAAUUCAAACACAAACAGAGCACAAGCGUUGAAAUGGAAAAAAAAAGGAACAAUAAUAAUGUACAAAAAGACCGUAAGAGAAUUUGAAGUAUAGUAUUACAGAUUAAUUUUGUAUUGUAUUUAUUGUGUAUAAUGACACUUUUUAAAAAGAAAUGUACAUUUAGUAAAACUGUAAAUUAAACCUUGCUUCUUUUAUGAAACGUU